AUGCCCAAAUUGGAGAAACGAGGCUCACGUCGCGGUUCUCGGCCUGUACAAAAGCGAUCCCGUCUGGACGAAACUGCGGGUUUGAAUGACCUUCAGCCCUCCUACAGCGACCAGGAAGCUAGCAACGACAGUUUUGCCACCACCGCCAUGGACACUAACUUCGACGACGAUGAGGAUUACGAGGAGAUGGAAGAGGCAGAUGAGGAACGAGUCAUUUCUCGCACUUCUGCUGGUAUCACGCAGGGAAGCGGUGCCACCACUGUCACACCAACUCCCCGCGAUGAGUUCGGUGCCAAAGAUCUCCGUGUACUCCUCACUCUUCGUUCUGAUCACCCUACCCGUCCACUUUGGGUCGGUCCAGACGGUCACAUUUUUCUUGAAACUUUUGGUCCCUUGGCCAGCAAGGCGCAAGAUUUCCUUAUUGCCAUUGCCGAACCUGUCUGCCGGCCAGAACACAUCCAUGAGUACAAAUUAACUUCCUAUUCCCUUUAUGCCGCGGUUUCUGUCGGUCUUCGCACCAGCGAGAUUAUCGGCUGUCUCCGACGCCUCUGUAAAACCGACCUUCCCCCAGGCAUAAUAGCCUACAUUCGCUCCUGCACUCUCUCCUACGGCAAGGCAAAGCUGGUCCUCCGAGGUGGACACUUCUACGUAGAGAGUAAUCAUCGUGUCUUUCUCAAGAAACUCGCUGCAGACUCGAUAAUCAAGGAGUGCUUGGUGAAUACUCCCACCGCUGAGGGCCUCUCCGAGGUGACACUACACAAGUUUGACACCCCUGAUACGGUUCUUGCUCUUGGUGUGGAGACAAAAGAUGCCUCCAGGACUGCUUCCUCCGCUGAUGGCGCAGGAGAGGCACAGAACUCCGUUUCAGAUGGAGGUUUAAAGGAUAUUCUGAGGCUCUACGCCGCAAUUGAUGCGGAAGAGGAGGAGGCUGAAGGGCUGGAGGCGGGGCCUACGGUGGCAAUUGAGGUGCAGCAGAAUGAAAUCGAACGACUACAGCGGAGGUGUGUGGAGCUGGAGGUGCCGUUGCUGGCUGAAUACGACUUUCGACAGGAUAAGUUGAAUAAGGAUAUGAGUGUAGAUCUGAGGGCAAGCACCACUCUGCGACCGUAUCAGGAGAAGAGCCUACGGAAAAUGUUUGGUAAUGGACGUGCGCGCUCUGGAGUUAUUGUACUACCUUGUGGUGCAGGGAAGACUCUUGUGGGUGUGACAGCGGCGUGCACGGUGCGCAAGCCGACACUAUGCCUGUGCACGAGUGGAGUGGCGGUCGAGCAGUGGCGCAGCCAGUUCAAGCUCUGGUCUACCGCGGAGGACAGCCAAAUUCUCCGAUUCACUUCUGACGCGCGCGACCGUCCCUCACCGAGUACGUGCAUCUGCAUCUCCACCUACUCCAUGAUCGCCUUCUCCGGCAAGCGCUCCUACGAGGCUGAGCGUCUCAUGGAAUGGAUUAAGGGCCAGGAGUGGGGCCUCAUGGUUCUGGAUGAGGUGCACACAAUCCCAGCGAGGAUGUUUCGUCGUGUUCUCACUAUGGUGCAGGCGCACUGCAAGCUGGGUUUGACCGCCACUCUAGUACGCGAGGACGACAAAAUCACCGACCUCAACUUCCUCAUCGGGCCCAAAAUCUACGAGGCCAAUUGGUUGGAGCUGCAGAAACGCGGCUUCAUUGCCAAAGUGCAAUGCGCCGAGGUGUGGUGCCCCAUGACUUCUGAGUUCUACCGCGAGUACCUUCAGAUGAAGAGCAUGAAAAAACAGUUGUUGGCGGUGAUGAACCCGAACAAAUUCCGCGCCUGUGAAUUCCUCAUAAGGUACCAUGAAAGGCGCAAUGACAAGAUAAUUGUUUUUUCGGACAAUGUCUUCGCGCUAAAGUACUAUGCCAAGAAAAUGGGUCGUCCGUACCUUUAUGGCCCGACUAGUCAGAGCGAAAGAAUGCAGAUCCUGCAGAACUUCCAGUACAACCUGAAUGUGCCGGCGAUAUUUGUCUCCAAGGUGGCAGACAACUCGUUUGACCUGCCGGAGGCCACAGUGCUCAUCCAAAUCAGCAUGCAUGGCGGCAGUCGAAGACAGGAGGCCCAGCGUCUAGGUCGCAUCCUCCGUGCCAAACGAGGUAUGGACGCCGAGGCAUACAACGCCUUCUUCUACUCCCUUGUCUCUCAGGACACCAUGGAGAUGCAGUACGCUCUCAAACGACAGCGAUUUCUUGUCAAUCAGGGCUAUGCGUACAAGGUGAUCACCAGGCUUGCGGGAAUGGAGAAGGAGAAUUUGCGACUGGGGACAAAGGCAGAGCAAGCAGAGUUACUGCAUCGCGUACUAGCGAGCACAGACGAGGACGCAAUGGAGGAGACACUGCCAGUAGAUCCGGAUGGAUUUGGUAGUGGACGCACGGCGAAGGGUGGACGGGGCGCGGGAUUUGUGCGACGGACCGGACAGAUGGCCUCUAUCUCGGGCGCUGAUGAUGCCAUUUACAUGGAUACCUCAUCAGCAGCUGCGGCUCGACGUGAAAAAGCGAAAGAGCGGCACCCGCUGUUCAGACUAUUCAGACGUCAUCUGCUGUUGGCUCAGUGGGCAUUCCGCGAACAAAACUUCAGUUUGGAGGAGAAUAUUGCCUCUGAAGUCCGCAUGCGUCCUCAGUUGUUUGAGGCGUUAAAUCGAACUCGAUCUUAUUAG